UAUGCAAAUAUAUUUUGUAUGACGCAAAAGAACUAAUAAUAUACUAACGAUGCACGCGUAAUCGCCAAUUAAGAUUACGAGCUGAAAAAAUUCGCUCUAAUCUUCGUAUUAGCGACAUAUUACCGCAUUAUUUCUUCAGCGAUUUAAUCCGUUCUAUGCAUUUAGCCAAUUAAGUGUUAAAAUAACGACACAAGAAAAUGCGGGUUAAUUAAACAAGUGCGUUUAUGAAAGACGCGUAAAUUCUAUCGAAUGCUUAUUUAUAAUUAAUCAUCCGAUGCGCGUUAAAAUCAGAAUUAAAAAAGGUGAUUUCUCCAUCGAACUGCUCGGUUUUAUUCGCGCGAUUUACAAGAUUUGAAUGAAAUUUUUGAUGAGUGCGUACAAAAUUAUUUCCGGGGGAUAAAUUUGAUGAUGAAAUUUGCGAGUCUUAUUUCGUCGCACAAGUAUAUAUUCCCAUUAAUUAAUUAAUUAAUGUUCUUAUACUUUCACCAUUUAUGCUUAUCAUUGCACUAUCGUAUAACAGAUUUUAUGUAAUAGAGGCGUGUAGUAAUGUAGUCCUAAAAGGGAACUUGCGGCGAGCUGCGAACUCAUACAGCGAAGUUCAUCCGAAACGGAUAUCGUAUGAGACAUUCAUGUACACAAAGACAAAUUACAUAUGUGCAAAGUACGUGUAGAUACCUAGUGGUCUACGUAUGUAUGCAUAUAUAUGUACGCAUACAUGCAUAUUUUUUCAUACACUGAAAAGAAGGCGAGACACGGGUAUGCAUUCGUACGCACACUACUCAUCUGGUGGGGGAUACUUGCAUGCUCCACCUCUUUCGGCCUUUCAUAUUUUUAUAUCAACAUUUAGUGCGAUUCAGGACACCGUUGGGCUUACAGUUUCUUCUGUAACUUAUAUAAUUCUAGCUUUCUAUUAAUACUAUAAAAUUUUUCUCUUUGUUUAUUCAUUAUGCUAUAGAAAUCAUACUAUCUAAUCAGUAUGCUUUCUGAAAGUCAGUAUAGUUUAAUUAAUUUUUCGUAGAGUGAUUUAUGUUACACAUGUGUUAAUGUAGUGCUAAAAAAAGAAGUGCAAGAAAGAACGAAUAUUUGUUCAGUGGUGGUGGAAAAUAAUAUCAUAUAGUAUAUUAUGAAAAAGUUUUCUAGAAAUUACUUAAAAUCCUUUAAUUUUCCUUGUAAGUUUUAUUCUUUUAAAUUAUUCGAAAUGCCUAUUCAAUAUCUUGCAAAUGCGAGGAGAGCAAGCUAAUUGAAAGGCGUUUGUUUUCCUGCAAUAUUUUUAUAUCUAUAUACGAAUGAAACCUAUCACAUUUCGUCUGCUGACAUUCCGAUAAAUUAAUUCCAAAUAAAUUGAUAAUUACGAGAGAUCAAAAAUUUCGUCCGAAGGUUAUCCAUCGGCUCUCAGACUUCUUCGUUUCUCCUCGUUUCGUUCGAGACGAAAGAAUCUCUACGCAGAGAGAGGGGAAAACAAGGCGGAUUAUUCGUUCGCGACUGAUCGAAACCGGUGUGCUGUUCUAAGGUUUCCGCGAGUCGCUAAGGAAGCCAAGCAGUGGUCGCCAAAGUGAAGUGAGACAGAAGGAAAAAGACGAAAGCAGUGAAGCGAAGAGCCAGCCCUUUGACCUGUCGUCGUCCCUUUCUUUCAUCAUCUUCUUUCACCCUCUCCUUUCCUUUUCUUCCCUCUGGUGACGCUCAGAUUAUGGCUCACAACGAGAGUGCGAACGAAGGUGGCAGUUCACCCGACACAAUAAUCGCGCGUUUCUCAUCGGACGAAGAGAAGCACAAACCUAUCGGUAGCACUUCCGGUGAAUAUGUCACCGCGCGUGAUAGUAACUCCAGUCUUGACACCCUGACCAGCGCCAGCGGCGGCUCCUUCUUCAAUGUUAACGCGGAAGACCGAAAGAAAGGCAAAUUUGAGGUGUUGAGAAACAGCUUCCGCGAGGGUGGUAUAUUCAAGAUCAAGAAGAAAUCACGCGAGACCGACGUAUCUUGCGAGGCGGACACGGAGCAAGAUGAGAAAGCUUCCUUCAGGAAGCUCGAAAUAGGGAAUGAACCCAAAGAGAUAUCGCAGCAGCUCGAGGAACCGAAGACGGCAUCCGCGAUCUUGAAGAAGAAGAAAAAGAAGAAGUCGCACUCGCUGGUGCGCAAAUUGAGCCUGAACAAAUUUCGCUUGUCUUCGGAACAGCAAGAGACGCGACAUACCCCGGAGGGUGGCGACAGUAGUAGAUCGCAGAGUCAGUCACCGCAAGAAUCGCCCGUUCACCCGAACGAGUCGAUCAAGAAGCAGGGACAGGGGGACGACAACGUCCCGGAGAAGGAAAAGAAAGCGAAGGGGGAGCUUAAGAAACCAGAAAAAUUGCUCGAGAAACCGUCGAAGACUGUCACUAUAGUACAACAUGCACCGCCAUCAGUAACCAUCAAGAGCUUCGUUCAACAGGACACUGCGCAGCAUCCGCAUCAAGAGAGGCAAGACAAAGUCUCGCGUCCCGACGUGCAAUGCUGUUCGACUCUUCCUUACGCGUUGUCGAGCUGGCCGGAACGUAGCGAGACAAAACUCGUGGAGGAUGCUGCGAACAAGCCAAGCAAAACGAGAGCGCGAUCCGAUCCGGAUUCCUCGUAUCUGCGUAGAACGUCGGAAUCGUCGCCCGUCGAGGUGCGCCGCAAGCUGUCCUUGUUAGAAGAGAAACGCGCGAUCUUUCAGCGACGCUUCUUCGAUUCUUCGUACGAGGAUACUCGUUCGAAGGUCUCGGUUAGCAGUUUGACGAUAGAUGAGUCACCGAGCACCAUUGACAACGAGCUUCUGGAGCAGCGCGAAGAGGAAAGAAGGAAGAAGAGGGCCCGGCAGAUCAGCGUGAAAACUUUUGACGUGUUCUCCACUUUCGAAAGCGCCCUCGACGAGGACGUGGGACUGGGGUACCAGGGUAACAUCGAAGAAGAUUAUAAGGAUAGCUACGAAAAUAUGGAUGAUCUCAGCAAACCUCAUUCUGCUACGGUGGAAGCCGUUGCUGGUCAGUCGUCGGCGAAUAAUAAUACAUCGAAUCUGGGAGUAGACGAGAAACGGGAGCACUUGUACAAAAUACUAGUAAUCGGCGAGCUCGGAGCGGGAAAAACAUCCAUCAUCAAGAGAUACGUCCACCAAUUCUUUUCUCAACAUUAUCGCGCAACGAUUGGCGUCGACUUUGCACUCAAAGUGCUAAAUUGGGAUCCACACACCAUCAUUAGACUGCAAUUAUGGGAUAUCGCAGGUCAAGAAAGAUUCGGAAAUAUGACCAGAGUUUACUACAAGGAAGCCGUAGGUGCUUUCAUAGUGUUCGACGUGACGAGAAGCGCGACGUUGGACGCGGUGGUGAAAUGGAAACAGGACCUGGAUUCAAAGGUGCAACUUCCUGACGGAUCGUCGAUUCCGUGUGUUUUGCUGGCAAAUAAAUGCGACCAGCAGAAGGAAGGUCUGGUUAACUCGCCCGCUAAAAUGGACGAAUACUGUAAAGAGAAGAACUUUUCCGGUUGGUUUGAAACCUCCGCGAAAGAGAACGUCAACAUCGAGGAAGCAGCCAGAUUUCUCGUCAACAAAAUACUUCAGAACGAUCAAGUUAUGAGAGGCAAUGGCUCUCAAGGCCCACCGGAUGGCGAACGAUUCGCGUUGAGCCAAUCGCCGACAAGCUCCAAAAAAUCCUGCGGCUGCUGACAAAUAGGUAAAUUGUCGAGUUCAAAUUCGAAAUCUCGCGAUUCUUCCACUCGUCAACCUCAACGUGUCUUUAUAAAUGCCGUGACUAUCGUAACGUUUUACGCAUUGCCAUUCUUCAUAAGUAUCUGCUUGUCGGAUUCUCGCUCACGAGCGAGAAAUUGUCCGAUAAUGUCGCUCUCGAAAAUUAUUUGAACUUGCUAAUUUGACUCGUUUAAUAUUUUUGUGCGAGCGAUAUUUUAAGUAGCUUUAUAGAUGUACAGAGCACAUAAUAAAGGAAGCGAUAAUUUAAUAAAUA